CUUAUACAGACAAUGAAAUGCUUCGUGAUAUUGCCAAUGCUUCAGAUAAAGAAUAUAACCUAAUACAUCCUAAAGUGACUUAUUUGGUCCCCAUAUUAGGAAUAACUCCACUCAGUGAUCAUCUUAAUAUCACUGAGGAUGUAUUUGAUGAUGCUGGUCAACAUGAACCAUUAACAACACGACUUUGUAACAUCUUGAAAGAAUACAAAGAUGAUAUUACUAUUAUAAAGGAGAUGAUUCAAAAUGCUGAUGAUGCUGGGGCAACUAAAGUCAAUAUAUUAUAUGACAGUCGAACAUAUUCAACGCAGAAGCUGUUAUUUAAAGGAAUGGCAGAAAGCCAUGGACCAGCACUGAUUGUCCACAAUGACAGCACAUUCACCAAGGAAGACUUUGAAAACAUAACCAAACUGGCUGGUGCUACUAAAGCUAACCAGCCACUUAAAAUUGGUAAAUUUGGUGUUGGUUUUUGCUCAGUGUAUCACAUCACUGAUGUACCUUCUUUUGUUAGUGGUGAGUGGUUGUACAUAUUCGAUCCAACGCUUAAAUACCUUAAAGGUGUAGUCCAUGAUCAGAGCAAACCUGGUAAAAAAAUUAAGUACCAGCAGUCAAGAAUUUUUUCUAAUUGUCAGGAUUUGGUGCCUUAUGAAGGUUUAUUCGGCUUCAAAUCAUCAUCAAAUUAUAAAGGGACAAUGUUUAGGUUUCCUUUUAGAACAAGUAUGAGUCAGAUUAGUUCUAAAGUUUAUGAUGAACAUAUUGUAGAGCACAUGAAGAGAGAUUUAGUUGAUUGUGGCUCUAAAUUAUUGCUAUUUUUGCAGCACAUGAAGCACAUCACCUUCAGUUCACGGAGGGACAAUGAGGAAAUUACCCAUGUGUCUAUUGAUAUUAGUAGUAGUAAUAGUAAUGAUUUUCAGAAAGUUGUGAUCAAGUCACCUUGUAUUGAAAGCAGUACUGAACAUUGGUUAAUAGCUAGUCAAGAAGGGCAGUGGCAACACCAGAAUAUCACAAAACCAGCUGUGGCCUCUGUCGCAUGUCAACUUGAUGAAGGAAACUUGGGUUUUUACAAAUGUAAAGAAGUAGAAGGAGCCGCAUUCUGUUUUUUGCCACUAGCAAUGCCUAGUACUGGCUUACCAGUACAUGUCAGUGCUAAUUUUGCUGUAAUGAGUAACAGAAGUGGUAUUUGGACUGAAGUUUCAUCAGAUACAGUUACUGAUUCUAGAGUACAAUGGAACAAAAACUUAAUGGAAAAAACUAUACCAAAAGCUUAUUGCAAAUUACUUCAAAAAUUGCAAGCAAUGCACUGCUCAGGAACUUUACUUAACUAUGAGUUUUACUUUUUGUGGCCUCUUGCUAAGCGUAUGAAAUAUCCAUAUGUCUCUCUUGUUAAACCUUUGAUUAAUAUACUAUCAGAACAAAAGCUCUUCUACUCGGCUUCUUUAAAUAAAUGGCAGACACUAGAGCAGUCUUGUUUUAUUCCUUCACCAUUAUUCUCAAUAGCUGGUAAGUGCUCCUUUCCUGAAGAAGCUCUUUCUAUUCUUCAAUUACCAGUAGUUUCCUUACCACCUGACCAUAUGCAGCAGUUACAGAACUUGAAUGAUAGCCUACAUGUUCUUAAUGAAAAUGAGUUUACUAGCUGCUUUUUAUCCAAUAUAGCAUCAUUUAAUGCACAAAUACAAAUUCGCAAUGAAGUUAUUUUCUGUAUGUUAUUGGCUAUUGCCAUGUCAGAGCAAAUAAAUUCAAAUGAAUAUAAGAAUGUUAAAAGCAAAAUAAAAAAAUUUCCAUGCAUUCCAUGCUCUCCUAAUGGCAUAAACUUAAAGGUAGCCAACCAACUAAUUGAUCCAGUUGUAUUUGAAGACAUAUUUGAUCCUGAUGAUGCCAUGUUUCCAUUAUUAAGCUUCUAUCAAAAUAAUUUAGUACGUCCCAUAUUAUUUGAGUUUGGAAUGAUGUCAGAGAAACUAUCAAUGGACAUAAUUAUUAAAAGUGCUAAAACAAUUGAAUCAAUCAUUGUUAUUGACAAAAGUAAAGCAAUGAAAAGAGUAAAAGCUAUAUUGCAGUAUAUCACAUCUCCCAUUCCUGAUGAGUUGAAAAAGAUGCGAUUUUUACCUGUCUUACCAAAGCCUGAAGAUUACUUCAUACAUUGGAAGGGUGAGGGUCACAUGCUACUGUCUCCUAAUGAAUUAAUUUGUGAUUCACGUAGUAAAGCAAUAGACACUGCUUUCAUAGUUGGCUCUCAAAGAGCAAUACUUAAUACUGAUUCUGUCAGUGAUGGAGGUUGCGGCACUGUAAGAUCAAGGGUGAUGAAGUUAUUGGAAAUUGCUACUAAGCCAUCAUUUGAUGAAGUUCUGGAACACUUCAAUACCUUGAUUUGUUCAUUUAAACCACCUGCAUCUAAUGGUCAUUAUGAACUUAUUGAUAAAAUGUGUCACAAAAUAUAUGCUUUUUUGGAUGAAUCACUUGAUAAUGUGCAAUCUCAGUCAUUAUCAAGGUAUUACAAUAAACCAUUUAUAUGGACAGGUAAAGCUUUUGUUUGUCCACGGGAUGUAGCUGUUAACUGGAAACAUAAUGAUGGCCCUUAUCUUUACAAGCUGCCAUCAAUGCUUUCUGAAAAAGAUAAACUUUUAAAGUGCCUUGAUAUUAAGACAACUUUUAACUAUGACGACAUAUUGGUAGCUUUUGAGGCAAUGUAUAAAGAUUUUGCAUCUCAUAAAAUACCAAAAAGGAAUCAAAAUAUUGCUUUGAGCAUGAUUUUAGGGUUAAAUUCAAUGACCAAUGAUUCAUCUCAAGUUUCAAACUACAAUGGAGAUAUUAUACUUAUUGAUAAUUCUUUUACUCUUCGAUAUGUAAGCCAAUUGUCCUUUAAUGAUUCACCAUGGCUACCACCAGACGAUGAGAGCUUUUAUGUGCACGAUAAACUAACUCGAGGAGUAGCACUGACACUUGGUGUUAAGCCCAUUCGUAGUAGGUUUUUGAAUAAAUUUGCCCAUCACUCACAACAAAGUUUUCUUGGGGUUCCUUUUGGUCAAAAGGAAGAACUUACUCGGCGCAUUAGGAAUAUACUGCAAGAAUAUCCACUGGAUGCAACAUUUCUUAAAGAACUACUGCAAAAUGCUGAUGAUGCUAAAGCUACUAAAAUACGAAUAAUACUUGACAAAAGACAGCAUGGGAAUGAAACAGUACCAUCAGAAACAUGGGGAAAAGAAUUACAAGGACCUGCCCUACUGGUAUGGAAUGAUAAGGAAUUUAGUGAUGUUGAUUUGGAAGGUAUUCAGAAGUUGGGUCUUGGUUCUAAGCGUGAUGAUGAUGAAUCAAUUGGUCAGUUUGGUAUUGGUUUCAAUGUUGUGUAUCACCUCACUGACUGUCCUAGUUUUAUUACUAGAGGAAACACACUUUGUGUAUUUGACCCACACUGUAAAUAUGUACCAGAAGCAGAUUACUCCUGUCCUGGAAGACAAUAUAACAUUGAUGAUUAUUUUCUAGAAAUUAUGAGUGAUCUUCAAUCCAGCUUUCUUCGGAUUUCACCAUCUAACAUUCAUUUGCCUGAUAAUUUAACAACUGGUACUCUCUUUAGAUUCCCAUUGCGAACACAAAGUGGAUUUGAAUCAACUGAAUUGUUAGACAAAACAACUCACCUUUCUGUCAGUGUAAUAGAAAGGAAGCUCACUGAGUGGGUAAAUGAAAUUGAAGAUGCUCUUCUAUUUUUGAACCACAUCAAACAAUUUAGCUUCUAUAUCAUCGAUGAUAGACAUAGUUCAUUAAAGCUAAGCUAUGAAAUAAAUAUUUCACAAGAAGACCAACAACAGAGAGAAGGAUUCCAUCAGAAACUGCUUUCUUUCAAAAGUAGCAAAAAGCCAUUCAUUGUGACAUAUCCAAUACAGCUUAGUAUUCUGAAGCCUCAUAAUGAAGAAGUUACUAAAAGAUGGCUCAUUCAAAAUGGAGUUGGUAAUGAUAGAGUUCAGCCAAAGUAUGGCAUUGCAGCUCCUUUAGAUGGAGAUACUCAUAUACAAGGUCGUGUUUUUUGCUUUUUGCCAUUGCCCGUAUUUACAAAUCUUCCUGUACAUGUUAAUGGUCAGUUUGCUCUAAAUAACAAUCGUCGUUCACUUUGGAAUGGAGACAAGGAAGACGAUAAGAUAAAAUGGAACAGAUUCAUCUUACAAGCUAUAGCAUCCUGUUAUGCAUUGCUGUUAGAUAAAGCUAGAUCCUAUUUUAUAUCUGAAUCUGAAAGUUACUCUUCCCAAGAUGUUUCUUCCCUUGUUAACAGUUAUUAUGAUCUUUUUCCUCUGUUUGAUAAAGGUGGUGAUAGUGGAAGAUUAGAGGGUGACUGGCAUACAUUAGCUCUUAAUGUAGUGCAACAUCUUUAUAAUCAUAAUAUAUCUGUUCUGGCAAUUGAAGUUAAGACGUCACAAAGCAAGGUAAAAAUGGAGUGGUGUCCAUUAAAAAGUGAUAACGGAUUUACCCAAGUAUACUUUCAGCCUGAGUAUGUUAAGAGUAUAUUACCUGUUGUGAAUAAAAUUCAGAUGUCAGUAACUUGUGCACCUCAUAAUAUCUAUCAAAACUUUAAAGAAGUAUUUGAUCCUCCAGUAGUAAGUCCAGUGUCUGUAUUUUCCUUUUAUACUAAUUUUUAUUCUUUGAUUUUGACAUCUGGUGUACCAGUUAAGCUACAGGAAAGUCCAUUUCAAACUAUUCAAUGCUUUCAAGAUUUUCUUAAAUACAUUCUAUGUAAUUCAUCUGAGUUUCCAAAAUCUCCUAUUGGCUAUCCGCUUUUGCUCACAUCUGAUGAUAUUCUUAGAAAUUUUAAUGAGAAUGACCAAGUUCUUUUUAGUAGUUAUUCCUCACUUUUCUCUGAUAGUAAAGAUAAGUUCUUGCAUCCAGAACUCUUCAAUGUAUCUCUUUCACGGUACUAUUUCCUCAGUAUAAGUAGCAGCAGUUUAUUCAGUCAUAUAUCAAAAAUACUUGAUGAUAAUUUACCGUCAAAAUUGAAAGGAGACGAAGCACCCAGCAAUGUCAUUGAUGGUUGUACUUUAAAGGAAUUAUGGGAAUGCAUUACAACAGAUGACUACUUCAUUGUUUAUCAGAAUGAAAUUGUUCAGGAGUGGGCCUUGUUACCAGCUAGGAAUAAUAAACUCUACAGUAGUUCAUCUGAUAUAUUGCCAGUUGUUGAACCAGGUAUGAAAGAUGAUGCUUUUAAUAUUUUAGAGGGUUUAAAUGUCCCUAUACUUAUAUCUGAAGGAUAUCCUCAGGCAAUAAUUAAUUUUUGUCCUAGUAUGACACAAUAUGAUUGUAUUUUGAAUGUCAUCUUUCAUGUAUGCAGACAAGAUGAGCUUUGCUUUACCCAAAAAGUUACAACACUAAAUGACUCACAAAUUCAGAUCAUAACGUCAUAUCUCAACAAAACAUCAUUUUAUAAUGACAAGGAGAUCUUAGACAAGAUCCUAUGCCUCCCUUUGUUCAAAAGUAUUAAUGGAACAGUCACAAAGUUAGUUGAAAAACAUGUUUGUCUUUGGCCUGAUGAUCCUCAAUUCCCACUAGAAGCACAUGAUAAGUGGGCACCUAUUGACAGAAUUGUCUUCUUGGAAAGAGAUGGAUCUUGGAAAUGCCUAUGCCCAAAUAAUUUUUUUCUUCUUGGUCAGGAGUUGUCACCUACUGAAGUGUACUGUAACAUAAUUUUUCCAGUAUUUGACAAAUUAGAUUUUGAUGAACGAAUGUGUCACAUGGAAUACAUAAGAAAGAGUCUUUUUCCCAAUUUAAAACAUGCUUUAAAAAUGACAGGUGAACAGAGUGAAAAAGCUGCAAAGUUUGUUAACUGUGCAAAGAAUUUGCCAUUCUUAGUUUCUCAUUCAAAUGAUGAUAAACUUUAUCCUGUUAAUCAUUUUGUCGACCAUACUGUGGACAUAUUCAAUUCAUUUCCUGACAAGUUUAAUUUUCUUGUUGAAGAAUAUAGAAAAAAGGAAUGGCUUGAUUUCUUAAAAUUUAUUGGUCUUUGUACUAAAGUAACACCAGAGGAAUUUAUAGAAUUUUGUGAUGAAGUAUCAAAAAAUCAUUGCAAAGAUACCUCUAGUGUGCUUGUGGAAUAUCUAUUCUCAACUAAAGCUACUGAUAUCCAUAAGUCACCCACAUUAUUGUCUACAAUUUGUGAAAUUCCUUUUGUUUGUACUGCUGAUUUGAGUCUAUUGUCAUGGAUUGCUCCGCCACCCAAUAAUACUGGCUUUACUUGUUUUAAUGGAGCUGUUAGGUUUGAUGAACUAAAUGCUUCGCUUCUAUGGACUGUCAAACCAGUUAUACAACUACCAGCAUGUUGCAUGUCUGUAGCUGAAAACAAGGUACUAAAUCAAUUAAGAGUAGUUACUGAACCUUCUGCAACAGAUGUUUUUAAAAACGUUGAAAACAUUUCAAGGUCUCAUUUGGCUGACUUUGAAUUAAUGUCAACGUAUACUGUAUCAAGAAUUAGUGAUAGUGCAUCUGUAAUAGAAGUUAUUAAAGACAACAUAACAUUCAUUUAUAAUCAUGACAAAAGUCUGUUAAAGGAACUGUCUUUAGUUCCCUUUAUUCCAGUCAGUGCUGAACCUAAUAAUGGUCGUGAAGUUAGCAAGCCUGUACUUGUAAAUUCAUUGCAAGUUGUUAUGACUAUUAAUUCAUCAGGAUCUGAAAAAAGCACAAGAUUUUGUCCUUACAUUAAUGCAUUGCCAGUCAGUUUGCAUUAUUUGUCGUUUGCAUUGUCAGAAGCAGGAGUAACAUAUAGUGUGGAACUAAAGCAUAUACAGUAUAUGCUAGAGAGGCUCCAUCAACAAUGUAAAGUUAUUAGUAAUCCCAACGAUGAAGAAUUAGUAAGAAAUGCAAUGCAAGCACUUUCUGAUUUAUUAAAAGAUGUGACACAAGAAACUGAAAAAAUACUGGAACCUUUGUAUCUCCCAUCAAUUGAUGAUGAAUUAGUUUUAUCAACAAAGCUCGUUUAUCGUGAUAGAAAGGUAUAUUACAGCCAUAAAUCUGAGUGGGAUUUCUCUGAGUCACAGUUUAAACUAUUUAGUAUUAAGAGCAGUUUUUUAUUAAGAGCAGAUGAUGUCUUAGAGAAAGAACUGUGCUGCAAGUUACCAAGAAAAUUAUCUCCAAAGAGUCUAUCUUCUGUUAGUCACAAUAAGCUAGAAUCAGGUAUUAUAUCACUGUCCCAUAGCAAUUUAUGUGAAAGGCUUAAUUGCCUAACAAACCUUUGCUCAAUUUCAGUUUAUUGUGAUGGUCUCACAAAAAUAAUUUUAAAAGUUUUACCAGAUCUGUCAGAACCAAAUGCUGCUUUAAUGGUUAAUUUUAUUAAAAAUCUUCAAUGUAAAACAGUCACUGACUUCACUGCAUGUGUAAUGAUUAAUUCAAUCAAAGUUGGUAUACUUAAAGCCCAGUUUCUUUUUAUAUGUGAUGAGGAUCAAAACUACACUUUGUAUAGCAGUGAUGAAGCUACUAGUACUAUCAGUGUAAAAUUACGAAAAAGUUUUGCUCAUGAACUUUGUAAUGUAUUGGCACAAGUUGUAAGCAAUGAAGCAAUAAAAUUGAAAGAAUUAAACGAAUUAAUGUUUAAACUUCUUGAUGUUCAGAGUGAAGAAGAUUUCAAAUCAGUUAUGGAAGAAUAUGAUCAGGAUGUCAAUAUAGAUGAGUAUUUAAUCAGUGCUGAUGAUAGCAAGCCAGAGCCUGGGCAAAGUAUGACAAUGCACUGGAAGUCAUUUCUCGAUCACAAUGUUAAUCACAUAUUUCGUCCUCAAGAGUGGGUUGGGUAUGAAAGACGUGAUGAUGAUUUUAUUUGGGCCAUCAUACUUCAUGAAGUACAGCAAGAAGAUGUCAAUAAUCAUUUCUUAAGGAAAUUUGUCAUUCAGAUUGAUAAUAAAGAUGAAAUCCAUGAAGAAACUGUAUCUAUUUCUUGCCUGUAUAAGCUUGUACGUCGAGAGGCACCAGUGUCUCCUAAUCAUCAUCAAGAAAGAGUUCCACUUCCACAUAGUGGGAUUCACCAAGAUACUAGUGAAGCAAAGGCUGAAACUAAAGAUAAUGAAGUAUACAGGCUAAAGAAGGAAGUAUGUGAGCAGCUUAGGCUAUUGUGGAGUCUACCAGAUGCUGAAAGGAGAAGAGGGGUGAGGCGUUUGUAUCUGCUAUAUCAUCCUGAUAAAGCUGAACCAUCUAAAGUGAGUAUUUAUGAAGAGGUUUUCAAAUUUUUAAAGUGUCAGCUCAAUCGUCUGGAGAACAAUCUCCCAUUGCUUGAUCGUGAUGUUACUCAGUAUUAUAGUCACCAUACAGGAACUAGCUUUAGAUCUCAAUGGGAGUCAAAUUUUAACCAGUGGGAUAAAAGUGCACGCAAUAGAAGAUAUGGACAUAGUGGAAGGGGAGGAGGAGGGGGAGAAGGAGGAAGCAGUUUUGGUGGCAAUAAUUUUAGUAGAUCUCAACAGAGCCAUACAACACAAGAUAGUGGAAGUUUUUUUAGUUUUCAGCCUCAAGUUGAUAUGAUUGAGGCUAAGCGUUGGAUGAGACAGGCAAAGUCUGAUCUACAAGCUAUGAACGAUUUAUUCUCGUCAUCUAAAGAAGAAGUCUCAUCUCAAGUCAUAUUUAUGGCUCACCAGGUGAUGGAAAAGGCACUUAAGGCUGGUAUGUAUGCCUUAUUGGGAUUGAAUGAGAUUUAUCUUAAACGUCACGAAUUGAUUGUUCAUGCAAGAGCUCUUAGUUCAUGUGAAGGAUCGCUAUCACAACUAAAUAAUUUAGUAUCUAAUAUGGAGCAAUAUUACUUAGAUACACGUUAUCCUAAUAGACACAACAGACCAAAUGCACCAGUUGAUAAGUAUAGUCUUCAUCAAGCUUCUGAUAUAACUAAACAAGCUGAAAAGGUCUACGAUUUGAUUAAUAGUGUGAUACAGUAG